GGCCCAGUCAACAAACACGUCACACACCCGAGCAGGAAGUUAACGGUGGAGUUUCCAUUCCUCCUCGAAGCACAGACACACAAACCUCAAUCGGGCUUUGUCUACGUUUACCUCGUCUCUUAUCCACAUCUCUCACAGUUUUACCAGGAAUCGCCUCUUCGGGACCAUAAACAAUGUCACUCUAUCCAUCCCUAGAGGACCUGAAGGUGGACAAGGUCAUGAGGGCACAGGCGCAGUUUGCCCAGUCCACCUCCUCUGCUCCAGCCAUCACUGAGGGCACCUACCAGCCUGCCACGCAAGGCAUGCCAAGCUCAAGUCUGUACCCAAACCUGGAGGAGCUAGGAGAGUACAUGGGACUCAGUCUCACCAGUGAUGAGGUGCAGAAGAACCUGGCUCUCAUCCCAGCUGCGGAUAAUCAAGUUGCAUUGCCAUCAGGUGUAGGCGGCAUGGCGCGGCCAGUGACGGGUGCUGACGUGGGCAUCAGGAGAGCUGAAAUUCGCCCAGGCCUGAGAGAGGUCAUCCUCUGCAAGGACCAGGAUGGCAAGGUUGGCCUGCGGCUAAGAGAAAUUGAUAACGGUGUGUUCAUUCAACUGGUGCAGGCGAAUUCACCUGCAUCUCUGGCUGGUCUGCGUUUCGGAGACCAAGUGCUGCAGAUCAACGGGCAGAACUGUGCCGGCUGGAGCACAGAUAAAGCCCACAAGGCUCUGAAGGCAGCAGCUGAACAGCGCAUUGAGCUUGUGGUUCGUGAUAGGCCCUUCCAGCGCACAAUCACCAUGCAUAAGGACAGCACUGGCCAUGUUGGCUUCAUCUUUAAGUCUGGCCGUAUCACAUCUCUGGUGAAGGAUGGUUCAGCUGCCCGCAAUGGCCUUCUCACUGAUCACUAUAUUUGCGAGAUCAAUGGCCAGAAUGUCAUUGGACUCAAGGAUCCGCAGAUUAAAGACAUCCUGACAUCAUCUCCCACUACCAUGACCAUCACCAUCAUGCCCAAGAUCAUCUAUGAACAUAUGAUUAAGAGGAUGUCAGGUGGCCUGCUGAGGUCAGCAAUGGAUCACUCAGUGCCUGAGGUUUGAGCCUCUCACACACCUCAGCCCCUUCCAGAACAUCUGCAAUCUCCAUCAGGCCCUUCUAGCACAUGGCUGGUCUGUGUUAGAAUUAAUCCUUUCUUCAAUCAUUUUCAUGUAUAACAUAAGAAAUUUGCCUUUUUCUACUUUAGAUGUUCUUGUAUAUCUAUUUUUUUCUAUCUUCCUUGUUACUGUUGCACUGUUUAAUUGUAUUUUAUAUGUAACAAUAAUAAUCCAUCACGUAUUCCUGAGUAUUACUGGCUUUUGUUUCUUUUUUUUUUCUUUUCUUUUUUUUUUUUAAACUUGCACCUUCUGAUUAGUUAGUGGGCAAAGAAAAACAAGUAAUAGGUUUGUCCCUGGGCUUCCGAAGACAGAUAAGGAUUGUGGGCAUUGAGUUCAGUACUUUAAAACUAUGAAAAGUCACCCACUAUGCACAGGUUUCAUCAGUCUCCCUUGUUAAGAGCUUAUCAUUCACACCUAUGUGCCAAGAAGGACUUAAACUGCCAGACUGUAAACAAGAUUGAUUUGAUUAGUCUUUGUUUUAAUAUAUAUAUAUAUACCAUUUUAGUUGUCUUUUUGAAAUGUAUAAAUCACUUUCUGCCAUUAUGUAAAUUCUAUGACAUUUAAAAUGUAUUCAAAUAUAGCCUCAACAUACUUGUAAUAAAAGCAAAUAAAUAAUUAUAGUGAUAUAA